GCGGGCGGAGGAAGAGGAGAGGAGGCGGGAGGAGGAAGGCGGCAGCAGCAGCAGCUCUCGGGAGGAGCCUGUCCAGCGUGAGACAGCACAUUCAGCCGGCAGCGGCGGUCCUGCUGCAGCGGCGGGCGGCACCGCACCGCACCGCACCGGCACGGCAGGGCGCAGCGCCGCGGGCAGCAGCCGUUCGGGCAGCGGGGAGUCGCUCCGCUCCCCCGGCGGCGGGGGCUCGGUGAGGGCUGCACGGCGCCGGGAGCCCCUCCGCAUCUCCCGGGCGCCGACGGAGCAGAGUCAAAAUGUCAGACAAAAGUGAUUUAAAAGCAGAACUUGAGCGCAAAAAGCAGCGUUUGGCUCAGAUAAGAGAAGAAAAGAAACGGAAGGAGGAAGAAAGGAAGAAGAAAGAGGCUGAUCUACAGCAAAAGAAGGAGCCAGCUCAGGAAGAUUCUGACCUAGACCGCAAAAGACGAGAGACAGAAGCUUUGUUACAGAGCAUUGGUAUAUCUCCAGAACCACCUCUAGUGCAGUCGCUGCAUGUGUUAACAUGGGAUACCUGUUAUUUUCAUUAUUUAGUCCCAACCCCUAUGUCUCCCUCUUCGAAAUCAGUGAGCACACCCAGUGACGCAGGCAGCCAGGACUCGGGAGAUCUGGGACCCAUAGGAAGGACCUUGCAAUGGGACACAGACCCCUCAGUGCUGCAGCUCCAGUCUGACUCUGAACUUGGACGCAGACUGCACAAACUAGGGGUGUCAAAGAUUACCCAGGUUGAUUUCUUACCUCGGGAGGUGGUAUCAUACUCCAAGGAGACACAGACACCUCUUGCCACACAUCAAUCUGAAGAGGAUGAAGAUGAUGAAGAGAUGGUGGAGCCAAAAGCACAGGAUGACUUGGAGACGGAAAAUCAAGACCAGAAGCAGGAAGUGAAAGAAGCUCCUCCUAGAGAACUGACAGAAGAAGAAAAACAGCAAGUUCUCCAUUCAGAAGAAUUCCUGAUAUUUUUUGACCGGACAAUACGUGUAAUUGAGCGAGCUUUGGCUGAAGAUUCAGACAUCUUCUUUGACUACAGUGGCAGAGAUGUAGAAGAGAAAGAUGGAGAUGUUCAAGCAGGAGCCAACCUUUCCUUUAACCGUCAAUUUUAUGAUGAACACUGGUCAAAGCAUCGUGUUGUCACCUGUAUGGAUUGGUCUCUUCAGUACCCUGAGUUGAUGGUUGCAUCUUAUAACAAUAAUGAAGAUGCUCCACAUGAGCCUGAUGGGGUAGCCUUGGUAUGGAACAUGAAGUUCAAGAAAACCACACCGGAAUAUGUUUUCCAUUGUCAGUCCUCCGUGAUGUCUGUCUGUUUUGCCCGCUUUCACCCAAACCUGGUUGUUGGUGGAACAUACUCUGGCCAAAUUGUCUUGUGGGAUAAUCGCAGUCACAGGCGCACUCCGGUUCAAAGAACUCCCUUAUCUGCUGCUGCUCACACGCAUCCUGUGUAUUGUGUGAAUGUAGUUGGAACACAGAAUGCGCACAAUCUCAUCACCGUCUCUACGGAUGGCAAAAUGUGCUCCUGGAGCCUGGACAUGCUCUCAACUCCACAGGAGAGCAUGGAGCUGGUGUACAAUAAGUCCAAACCAGUGGCGGUUACAGGAAUGGCUUUCCCAACUGGAGAUGUCAAUAACUUUGUCGUUGGCAGUGAAGAGGGAACAGUCUACACAGCCUGUCGUCAUGGAAGUAAAGCUGGCAUUGGUGAAAUUUUUGAAGGCCACCAAGGACCCGUCACAGGAAUCAAUUGUCACAUGGCAGUGGGUCCAAUUGACUUUUCCCAUCUCUUUGUCACAUCAUCAUUUGACUGGACAGUCAAGUUGUGGACCACAAAGCACAACAAGCCGCUCUACUCCUUUGAAGACAAUGCCGACUAUGUCUACGAUGUCAUGUGGUCGCCAGUGCAUCCCGCGCUCUUCGCCUCCGUGGACGGAAUGGGGCGCCUGGAUCUGUGGAACCUGAAUAACGACACCGAGGUUCCCACAGCCAGUGUCACCAUAGAAGGAGCUUCUGCCCUCAACCGUGUCCGCUGGGCCCAGGCUGGGAAGGAGGUAGCAGUUGGUGAUUCAGAAGGCCGCAUAUGGAUCUAUGAUGUUGGAGAGCUGGCUGUUCCACACAACGAUGAAUGGACCCGCUUCGCUCGGACCUUGGUGGAAAUCCGCGCCAACCGAGCAGACAGUGAAGAGGAAGGGGCGGUGGAGCUGUCGGCCUAGAGGAAGAGAAGGAGCAGCGCCCGCCAUCGCCAGAACAGCAGCUUUCCCCCACUGAGUACGCCGGUGUUCGGUGUCAGUCAGUCUUGCUGUGGCUUUUGAUGCCAGUGUACGUGCCAGUAUUGCUCAAAGCAUUCCAUAUUAAUCAUGCUGCUUUACACAAGGCUGAAAAUAUCCAGAGCAUUUUCAUACUUUAUAUUUCUGUCUGAAAAGUAAGAAAGAAAAGACAAAUCAACCCUUUAUGGGUUUAGUUGUUGCCUUUUAACUACUUAGUAGCUGUAUUUAAUAGCUAGGAACCCCUGGUUAAACUUGUGCUCACAUUGCCCUUCUGGCAUAGUCCUAUUAAAUCCAUAUGAAGCCAGAUAUGAUUAUGUGCAGAUGUUGUGUGCUUCACUGUAUGGGACUGGGCCAAAGACUUUAGAUGUGGUGUUUCACAUGGUGACUUACAUUAUGAAUGGAUGUACUAUACGAAAGUUGCUGCUCCUUAUUUAUUGCAGUGUGCUGCAUGGAACAUAUUUAUUUGAAAGCAUUAAAAUAAACGAUCCUAAAGCAUGUGCAUAAUGAGAGAACUGCAUUGUCUGUGUGCUGCUGUAGAGGUUACAUUAAAGUCCACAUAACAAUUACAGUACAUCAGUUGUGUUUAAGAUGUAAGAUCUAUAAAGGUUGGCUUGAGUGGAUGGAAUGAGUUUCCUUUUUUUUUUUCAGAUGCCUAUUAUUUCUAGGCACUUUAACUAUAUUUCAAAUACAGUUGGUCACUGAUACUUGUCAUGCAAGUUAACACUAACAGUCUGACAAAGGGUUGUGGUUCCCGAGUAUGACACUAGUAUUGCCAAUAAAAUGUAUCAAGCCUG